AUGUCUAAAAGCGGGUGGGUUUUGUAGUAGGUUUGCAAAUACAUGCUUUUGAUUUGUAAAUAGUUGUUAGAAUAUAUUUUAAGUACAAAUUCACAUCAUUACGUUUGAAAAAUCUUGUUUUUCACUUCGGUUACUGUACUUUUGGCCAUAUUAUGUCACUUCAGACAUGGUACGAAAUGGACAGCGGAAGAAUUGAAGUCAUUGGAUGAACAAGAUGAUAAUAGUGUCAAUUCUGUCAGAGAGCUUCCGGAUCGAGAUACAAAUGCUGACAGAUAUUUAGCCACCUUGAGUAUCCUGCUGAGCUGUGCGCUUGUCAAUCUAUUAGCAAAUGGGACUGGGGCUAUUGGGACACUUGGUAGGCCUUUAAUGGUCCCAGUGAGUUGUUUUAUGUUUGAAUGGUACAGGAUUUAUGGGAGUUUGACCCUUACUAGAACGCUUCGAGCUGUUCUCAACAUGGCCAGUGUGUUGAAAACUUACCAGUAAGUUGUUUUGGAACUAACAUUAACUCAUGGCACUACAUUUUUUGAUCUAAUCUCUCUCUAAAUUACAUUUAUACGACAAUUUCAGAGAGUUCGACCCGACGUAUUCAAAGUUAUAUUCAGCCGAUUUCUGUUGUCAAUUACCCCAACUGAACACUGAUCUGCCUCGAACAGCAGACGAAAAAUCGUAA